CAAGCGGGUUGGAAAUCGUAUCACUGAUUCUCAUCGACCUUUCGUCCAUUGGUUUCGGCCCUGAUGCGAAUAUCACCGAGGUUCGCCGUGACGUUGCAGGACAUACAUCGCACGAGGUGACAUGCCUAGCACUCGUGAUAUCGAACGGGCAAAACGUAAUGGGAGAAUUCAAUCACAAAGAGGUAGUACAAGCAGCGAAGUGAAUCGCCAUAACUUUGAUGGUAUUGAUAAGCGACACAGGAGACAUGGCAAAAAGAGUUCUGGGAAAAAAAAGAAGAAACGUUCGCGAGAUAAAUCAUUAGAGACAAUUCCAACCGUAGCUUCAUCUGUUGUAAAACCAUUGGUCGAGUAUUCCGAUGUAAGUAGCGAAGAUCUUUCAGAGCCUGAAGCAGGAGAGAUCCAAUCGGAAGAUAGUCGUGCCAACAGUUACACGGAUGGAGAAGUACCUGAUUCAUUUCUUCAAAGACGAUAUUAUGGCAGUAGCCCAAUUCGUACUCUCGGAGUAUCGCCUAUCAGCGUAUCUCCAACACCGUCGGUUCAGCAUCGACAUUCCAGUAGACGAUACUCUUUGUCGAACGAGCAACAACAACCGACAACGAUGCACGGUGCGACACCAGAAUACGAAGAAGAAUCGAGGCGAUAUGCCCGACGAAAAGAAAAGAAACAUAAACGCGAGAAGAAGAAGAAAAGGAGUCUGAGCCCUUUGUCAAAUUCGGGGAAAAAGAAGAAGAGAAAAUCGAAGAGAUAUUCUCAUAGCUUAAGCCCGCAUCGCGUUGCCGAGGAAAACUGCCCAAGUCCAAAUCGUGACAAACAAUCGUCGAUUAUCGGUUCUGUUAAUUGGUCUGAAUCACCACCAUUACCACUCAAGGACAACAUGUCGCCUAUUUCACCAGCUACGCCGCGUGAACAGAGAUAUCCUAGUGACGAGGUGGAACUGGAAAUGUCAAGGCAGACAUCUCGCAAUAUUACACCGCCGUCUCUUAUGUCAACGCGGCAGAUAGAAUCUCCCCAUACACCAUUAAUGCCUCCAUGCGCCACGACGCCAGAGAAUUUGAAUAAAGCCGGACCUAUCGUCGUGUCAAAGCACAGCAGCCCUGAUCGGCAGAAACUUAGUCCCAGUAUGCACAUGACGCGUCGAACCAGCGUUAGUCCUGGACCCAUCGUUGUAAAUCGUAGAAAGCCAUAUAGCCCGAGUCCACCGUCAAGACGAAGGGAUAACAAUCCACGAAGAAGAGACUUUAGUACUCCAGUACUCCAUAAACGUAAAUACAGCCCAAGUCCGGCUACUGUCAAACGACGAACGGAUAGAAAUAUUUCCCCCAAACGUAGAAGACGAGACGAAUCCGAUCAACGUAGCCAUCGGCUUCAUGAUGACAGAAGAGGCAAGCGGAAAUCGAGAUCAACAAGGAGUCCUACUGGAAGCAGAUUACAAUCGCCUUUGUCUCGAUCGCGAUCGCGCAGUCCAGGAAGAUGGCGGAAACUGUCUCGCUCGAGGUCACGUUCGCGUCCCAGAAGAAGUCGCACCCCGAAGAGAUCGCGCUCACCCAGCAAGUCUUGCAAGACUUCGAGAAAACUCAAAUCAAAGAGCCCACGUCCUAGAAUACCUUCUCCUUCUCCUCGAGCUAGAAGUCCGUUGAGCAUCACAGCUCGAAAUCUUCGAGGACAAGAGAAAAUUAGCGUGACCAGUCUGUUUGCAGAACUCGUUAAGGACCGUAAUAUGAGAGAAUUGGCAUUCAAGAAGUUGCAGGCCGCAAAGGAAAAGAUCGGGAACCAAGAUGAUGUGCAAAUCAUAGAAAGUACUGACGAGAAGGACGGCGAUGGCGGUAACGCAUCCUCCGAAAAUAAAGCUUCCACUGACAAUAAAGACAGACCUAUAAAUCACAAAGACCAACAUAUAAAGGCUGGCGAUAAUGUGGUCGACGUCACCGAUAUUCCUGUUCCGACGAGCGACGAUAACACUAUAGCAUGCAAAACGCCGCCAUUGCCAUCAACUGGUCAACCAUCUAAUGUACCACUACCUAAUCCGAUAUCUACUGCGAUGAAUCCGCUUACUUCUCACACCAUUGUUCAUACUUCGCCCAACCCACCAUCGGUGAUGCCCAACAAUUGUCCGAUGGUCUUGUCACACAGUCCGAAUUUCCCGGCUCCCGCUCCUGGAGUGCAACCACCACCGCCACCGCCACCACCACCGCUACCACUGCCGCAAUCUGUCGAACCUACAUCGACAGUCUUGGUUGGCGGGCAAGUUCCUGCUCAUAUGCCCAUGUCAGUGCCGCCAAUUCCGAUUCUGCCCAACAUGUCUGUCCCACCACCACCCAUUCCACCUAUUCCCGUUCCAGCACCCAAUACAAUCAUGUCAAAAUUUAACCCACCCAAUAAUCUUGUACCACUUAAAUCUGUGGAUCCUCCUAAACCUCCCAUAGUAACAUUCACGACCAAAAGCCUAAAGAGAUUACCGUUGCCACCUGGCAUUAAUCAGAAUGAUUUGGAAAGCAUAGAUUCCCCACCGAGCCGUUCCCCGAGCCCUCCUAGCAAAGCGCAGUCGAAGUUUUCGGCAUCAACGAAACCAAUGCAGAAAAAGAGCAUCAAGGAUCUGCCAAUGCCACCGGUUGUACCUGGAUCGGAAGAUUUGAGCGGCGAGGAUGAUCCAAAUGCAACGCCGCCACGUUUGAAAAUCGAACGAGUGGCACCGAAGCCAAAAUUGAAAAGACCAAAAAUAUUGAAACGCAGAGGAUCGCGAAACUGUCAUGCUCCCAUGUCGGCUUCUGGCGGCAAAGAUUGGGGUGAACGAUGUGUCGACGUAUUCGAAUUUAUUACUCAGAUCGGCGAGGGCACAUACGGACAAGUGUAUAAAGCACGAGAUAAACGAUCCAGCGUAAUGGUAGCUUUGAAAAAAGUCCGACUUGAAAAUGAGAAGGAAGGCUUUCCUAUCACGGCGGUCAGAGAAAUAAAAAUCCUGCGACAACUCAAUCAUAAAAACAUUGUUAACCUUAGAGAAAUUGUUACUGACAAGCAAGAUGCACUAGAUUUCCGAAAGGAUAAAGGUUCCUUUUAUUUAGUUUUUGAAUAUAUGGACCAUGAUUUGAUGGGUCUAUUAGAAUCUGGCAUGGUGGAUUUCAACGAAAUGAAUAAUGCCAGUAUCAUGAAGCAGUUAUUGGACGGCUUGAAUUAUUGUCACAGCAAAAAUUUUCUUCAUCGGGAUAUUAAAUGUUCAAAUAUACUGAUGAACAACAAGGGCGAAGUUAAACUAGCCGACUUUGGAUUAGCACGACUUUAUAAUGCAGAGGAUAGACAAAGACCGUACACUAAUAAAGUGAUCACUCUGUGGUAUAGACCUCCUGAACUUUUACUAGGAGAAGAGCGUUAUGGACCUGCAAUUGAUGUCUGGAGUUGUGGAUGUAUCUUAGGAGAAUUAUUUUCUAAAAAACCUUUAUUUCAGGCCAAUGUAGAUAUGAUGCAGCUAGAAAUGAUUUCAAGGGUUUGUGGAACGCCCACUCCUGCUGUUUGGCCUUCUGUGAUAAAAUUACCACAUUGGCAUACACUUAAGCCAAAAAAGCAACAUAGGAGACGUCUCAGAGAGGAUUUCGCUUUUAUACCAGGAGCAGCCUUGGAUCUCCUGGAUAAAAUGUUGGAAUUGGAUCCAGAGAAGCGGAUAACAGCAGCCGAUGCGCUUAAAAGUGCUUGGUUGAAAAAUGUUCAGCCCGAACAGAUGCCAGCGCCACAGCUUCCAACUUGGCAAGAUUGUCAUGAACUCUGGAGUAAAAAGCGAAAGCGCUUGUUGCGGGAACAGCAAGAGAGUGCUGCAACAAAAUUGCCUCCUCUCCUUCCCUUCUCGAAUAAAGGAGGUCCUAACAAGGAUGAUCUGUCAGAUGUCGGGGGGUCUUCUAAACGACUAAAGAUGGAAGCAGGCUAUAACUCAUACCCGAGCAGACUUGGCGCAGAAGCUCAUUAUGGUGAAGAUAAUUUGUUUAAUCAGAGUGGACCGUACAUAGUGUCUACGCCAUCGUACUAUUAUAAUACUUCACCACCUGUUAAAUCGCAAUCGAAUCUGAAAGGAGAUCAAUCAUUGGAAAUGUGUACAGAGGAUAAUCUAUCUCGGAGACUGAUAAUUCUCACGAAUGCCUUGAAUCAGGGAAAACCGAUUCGAGUUGACGAUCUUCUCUCGUUACGGUCAGAUCAAAAUGAGUGUGAUUCCAAGGUGGUACAAUUGUUGGCUGAUCUACGCGCGGAGCUUCGUCUUGUCGCAAACGCUCGGCCAGGUGGACAGCUGGAUCCUCAGCUUCCUAUAUUGAACCCACCUCUUCUAGAUACGAAUACACCGCAUAUGCCAGGCAAUUUUGAUGCGCACGCGGUGUAUGCCGGCGACGAUGCCGUGAGCUCUCACGGAAGAUGGUCCCAGUUGGCCACUGCUGGUGUUCGAAGCGCUUUGUCGGCGCUCAUAUCGUAUCAUGGUCUGGAUAACAUCUAUAAUCCUGCUACUUCUGCAUCCGCCAUCAACCGAUUAUCGUCAAAUAAACCACCAGGCCAGCCCAAUCAAGCGCAGAACCUUUUCCUGCCCUCGACUUCCUCGCAACAAUCUACUUUUAGUUCAUAAUGUGAUUUUAUAAAGUCGUGCGGUACAUGACUGCGUUUUGUGUAUGUUGUAUAUGUGCGUAUGUAUAAAAUUAGAAAGAAUCUAUAAAUCGCUAUUUUUCAAAUUAUGCUAGUGUGAGAGAG